UUUAAAAUUACAUUUUAUUUCUCUUUGUGAAUGUUUGUUGUUGCUGUUGUUAAAAAGAUUCAUUUUACAUUUUCUUCAAGAGUCUUGUGCCUCCUGGUAAGUGCACUGGUUUGUUUUCACAGUACUCUCCACGACCAUGGACGGUCCUUAUUGCUGGCAGAGUGUGUCCACGCCGGGGAGGGGGACACCAGAGGGUUCGGGGACCCAGACACACUGGAGGCAAGUUCCGGCUGCAGAGAAGAGAGGAGAGAGAAGCCCCUGGCCGACCUACCCUGGGCCCGAGCUCACAGCCCUUCUCUGCAGGCACGGGAUGCGAUCAGCGGGAAAAAAAAGAAAAAAGGAAAAGCAGCUCCAUAUUUCAUUGGCCAUUUCCCUGAUCACUGCAGCCAUCGGUGCCUCCUAGCUCGUCUCCGGGAGCCUCCAGCUUUUGUUUUCGGCCUUCAGAAGGUAAGGACUGGCACGCUCACUUGGCUGGGCCUGGUCCAGGGGGAGUUCUUUGGGGACCGGGCGGCACUCCCCUCAACUUCCUCCCACCCCAAAGCCUGGAAACCAGGACUUCCCUCUCUCGCCUGCCUCCACCGGGCCCCGCAGAUGGGGGAGACCGCCUUCCGGUCGCAGAAAGGAAGCAUCGUCCUCAAUUGUUCCGCACGGGGCGGCUCAGGAAGAGGCCACGUGGUCACCAGGGCCAUUCCUCCCGGCCUGGCCCCAGGCCCGCUGGGGCAGAGCAAGCCUGCUGGGGCAAGUGGCCUGACCAUAAAACGAGGACCUCAGGGGGGUCCUCGGGAGGCGGGAAGCUGGGGCAGCCUCAUGCUGUGGGCGAGCGUGUGCAACCCAACCCAGGAGAAGAAAGAACAGUGACAACUCCAACCCAGCAAGCUCUGCUGACUCUGCCGGUGACACUACUGGUGACUUCUUACUCGUUACACUAGGAAGAGCAACCACGUGUCCGGGGCUUGGUGUUCACCAGGCACCGCGCUAGUUCCCAUCAUGCGCUGUUUCACCUAAUCCUCACAACAGCCCAAGAGGAGGGACUCUUCUCCCCAUCUCACAGAUGGGAACAGUGAGGCUCAGAGAGGUUGCCAGCCAGGCCCAAGGAGGCCACAUUCAUCUAUGGUGGAGCCACUCCCCACUGGACAAGGACACAGGGAGGUGGCACUGUCAACCCAGACAGACUCCAUCUCUUGAGCUGCCCUCCUCCCCUCAGCCCGCCCUUUGGCAGAAUCCCGAGCCAGAAGCUGACAUUGGCCUUGGCCGUGGGCCAGAUUCCUCGGGGGCUCCAGAGAAGGGCGAACCAGGGAUAACAUGAAGUAUCUCCCACACAGGCGAGAAAUUGUGACUUGUCACUCGGAAGACUGUGCCAGCUGACAGGUGGCGGCUGAGGAUUGCGGAGGAGGGGGCUGUGGAGGCAGGCGUCUCCAACAGUUUUUUGGGGGGUAGCUUUUAAAGCAACGUGGGUUGGACCCCAAACCAUAUAGAAUGCUCUCCAGCUGGCACGAGAAAGUCACCAUUUUCUAGCUCUUGUCCGUGAGAGUCGGGCAUCACUGAGGUGGCCGGGUGCCUUGUUCUGUUUCAAAUAUUUCAAAUCCAGAAUGUCAUUCAGAAGAGUUCCCCUCCUGGCUUAGAGAUUAAUUUCAAGCAGGGAUAAUGUCUGGGGGUAGUACAGGUUUCGGUUAAGCAUGUGGAAUUAAUGUUUUUAAUACAAGCCUGUUUGUCAAGAAUGGAAGCCCCAACCUAACCUCAGCCACCUGGCCGUCCCCUCCGCCGGCCACCAAAGCCCAGUGCGUGGGUGUCAUUUUAAGGAUUCAGAUUGUCUGGAUCUAGCCAGCCCAGCAGUUCUCAACCAGGGGUGACUCUGCACCCCUCCCGGGGACAUUGGGCGAUAUCUGGAGACAUUUUUGGUUGUCAGGACACAGGGACAGGAGGCUGCUGGCAUUGAGUGGGUAGAGACCAGGGACACUGCUCAAUGCCCUGCAACACCCAGGGCAGCCCCUGUCCCGGCAAAGUUAGGGGACAGUUCCGGGCAGCCUGAGGUCGCCUGUCAGUCCCACCGCUUACCGCCCUCACUUUCUUUUACAUCACGAGGCUUCAAAACAUGUAGAAGGCUUGUUACCACAGGAGGCCCGGGGUAGGGGAGACGGAAAGGGCUUUUACAUCACAUCAAAAUGCUUCCAUUUACAUUUAAGCAGGAGCAGCUGCCAGGCUCUUUCUAAACAAGCCUCUCACUUGCAGAAUGCACCCGUUGAAUACAGAGCCUCCCCGUGGGCUGGAGGAACCGCGCUAUUUGGUAAUUCAGUGUCUUAAUAAAAUUUUGUUGACAAAUAAUCAAUCAAGCAGCUUCCAACCCAGCAUUUCAGCCGUAGGGCCGUCACCUACACCUGUCCUCUCCCUGAAUCCUCAGCCCACGGGGAGUUCUGAGCCGCACACACAGAUGGCAAAGCCGAAACUCCAAGAGGUGACUUGUCGAAGCCCAAGAGCCAGCCUUGGGCAGUCACUCUGACUCCGGGACCCGAGCCCAUUAAUGACCAGUCCACCCUGCUCCUCUGACAAGCCUCGAAUUCUGCCUUUCUCCAGGGCUGGUCCCGUCCCAAAUGGGAGCCCAGUGGACCCAGGAGAGUGAGAUGUGCUGGACACAGAGAGAGAGCCCUGGGUUGAAGGCACGUCCCAAGAAAGGGAGGGAAUAAAGAGGAAACAAAUGGAGAGGAAGGAAAACGGCCUUCAACCACUUAAAAAAGAAUUGUUCAUGACUUACACUACUGUUAAAUUCUUAAAAGUCAGGGAGUGGGCCUGUGUAGAAGACAAAGACCAGGGCUGGCGAGAAAAUUAAAUACAAGGAGUAAUUUACGUCUGUCCGAAUUCUGUUGUUUCAGCCACGAUUCUCAGCUCAUGACAGAUACCAUCCUCCCAUCCCCAUCUGAUUGAAGAAUAAUCACAGUAAUAACAAAGAAGACAGCCACUUGCAGUAAGUAUGUACCGCGGGCUUGGCAUAGUGCUGACCGCUGGACUCAUGUCAUCUCCUGUAAGUCAAUAAGCCAUGGUGCAAGGGCUAUGACUGGCCCCAGUUUUGCAGAUGAGGAAACCGAGGGUCAGAGUGGCUAAGGUCACAUCCUGGAAAGUGGCAGAGCCUGGACUCCCGCCCAGGUCGGCUUGACUGCAGUCUAGGUGUGCACUGGGUUCCUCUAACCAGGAACCAAGGACUCGCACGGACAGAGAAAUGUCAUCCCAGGUCUCCUGA